AUGGUGUUCUACAGGAGAAACAUCGUCAUUUCUGAUGAUACCAUUACGAGCGCAGCUCAGUUGACUUUGAAGCAGUCACUGGUGCCCAACUUCUUGGUGACGAUCCUUUUCUUUCUUUGGGGGUUCGCAUAUGGCCUGUUGGAUGUCUUAAAUCCACACUUCCAGAAAUCACUCAAUAUUACUCCCUCUAUGGCCUCCGGCCUCUCGGCGGCAUACUUCGGUGCAUACUUCCUCUGCCCUCCCACAAUAAGCGGCUGGAUUCUUCGCAGAUUUGGAUUUCGUGUUACAUUCAUGAGUGGUUUGGCUGUUCUAGCAGUAGGAUGCCUCUUGAUGUGGCCCAGUGGAGUCAAAAGCUCGUUUGGCGGAUUCUGCGGAAGCAUGUUCGUUGUUGGGUCUGGUCUCGCUACUCUAGAGACCGCAGCAGAUCCUUUCUUAUCUAUCUGCGGUCCUCCUCGAUACUCUGAGAUUCGAUUAAAUUUGGCUCAAGCAAUUCAAGCCACAGGAUCGUUCGUCGCUCCGCUUCUAGCAUCCCGCGUCUUCUUCGCGCGCAGCGUCGACACUGCAGAAGGUCUUAAGAAUGUACAAUGGGUCUAUCUGGGUGUUGCUGGCUUCGUUGGCCUGUUGAUUGUUCUCUUCUUCUUGGCACCUAUGCCCGAGAUUACGGAUGCGGAUAUGCACACCCAAGAAGCUCUGAUUAGCGACGUAGAUCCCGGACCAUUGAAGAAGCAGUACAAUCUGUUCCUGGCUGUAUUUUCUCAAUUCACAUACGUCGGAGCUCAGGUAGCUGUCGCCAAUUAUUUCGUCAACUUCUGUGAAGAGGCUGGCAAAACCCCAGCUGUCAGUUCCGACAUAUUCGCUGCUGCUCAAGGUCUCUAUGCCUUCAAUCGCUUUGUUGCUGGUGGGCUUAUGGGCUUUCGAGCCGUCAAACCUCGAUACGUUCUUGCAACAUACUUGUUUGGGUGCUUCGCAUUCGUUCUCGCGGCUUCUCAAACUGCAGGCAAUACCUCAAUUGUGAUGAUAUGCUUGGUUCUCUGUUUCGAGUCCGCUUGCUUUGCCACAAUUUUUGCACUAGGUCUUCGUGGCCUAGGUCGACACACAAAAAUUGGUGGUGCGUUGAUCGUCGCAGCUAUUUCCGGUGGUGCUGUAUUUCCUCCAAUGACUGGUGCAGUUGCUACUCAUUUGCAAAAGCAAAAGAGCACAAAACCUUUCCACACGGCAAUGCUCAUCCCAAUGGGUGGCUUCAUCUGCGCCUGGAUCUAUCCAAUCUAUGUCAAUCUCUUGAAGAGGGAUUUGAUGGAUGGCCAUCGCACGACUGAUGUCGGUAUUGGACCUCCACUUGCUGAAAAGGAAUUCAGCAUGGUCGGUUCGCAUGUGGCUAAAAAUGAUGGACAUGUUACCGCAGUCUAG